AUGUGUUUGCUAUUCUUGUCAGUGCCAGUUGGUGCUGGCCAGGUGUACGGCUGUGACAGUCCUUGGACAGGAGGUCUCAUCCUUCUGUCCCUGCUGCUCUGCUUACCAGCUAUUUGUUUUCAUGCCACGUUUGGGCUCUGCUGCUGGGUGGUGGAUGGCUUGCUCUGGCCUGCUCCUCAAAGGGAUAUUUACACAAGGCUGUGGGGAUGUAAUAGUGCACUAUCCUCCAGUGCCAUUGGGGGUGUCUUCCUCUGGUUCUGCUGUUUGAUGAUUGCAGCAACCUCAAAUCUGAUGUCUGCAUUUGCAUUACCGGCCUGCACGUGGCCUUUCUGCCUGUCGACUCUCAUCUCUCUCCUCAUUUCCUCUGAGAUUCCAGCAAUCUGCAGACUGCCUCUGUCUGUGGUCUCCUACCCCGAGGUAAAUCUCUGCUACCAGAGACAAUUAAAGAAAGCUCAGCACAGUCAGCAGAAGAGCGGCCAAGAGGAGGCCCCGCUGAAGGAGAGGGAAGGACCAAGUGUCUAUCUGGCUGCAGAGAAGAAGAAUUUGUCCUUAACAUUUACCUUUGUGAGCAUUUAUAUUGUAGGAAUGGAAUGGUGA